ACGGUCGUAGCAGUCCAUAGACUAAAUGCAUUCACCCACUCAUCAUGAGAUCCAUCGAGUCAAUAUCCAUAGUGCAUCUGACGGAAGCGUUCCGCCAUGAGAAUGCUGCCAGCCACCCCUGCAUUCAGGCUGUCAGCUGUAUGUGCCGCCAUGGGGACGUAUAGAGGCUGUAUGCUGCCGUCAUGAAUGCUCUCACGCACCUGAUACACACACAGGACACCAAGAUGUGUCUGCAGUCUUCGUGUCGUUGUGUUUGACCAUCGUUUUAACCGACCGGCUCACUGAGGCCAUGCGGCUCGCCACCGACGAUGAUUGACGAGGGUUGUGUCAAAUCAGCCUGACACGUACACAGACAGGCAGGCAGACAGGUAAUCCGUGCGACUUGAUGCAACCUCCCCCACCCCUUGCAGACCUGGUAGCACACAAUUGGCUGCCUCUCUGCUUCUCCUCUCUCAUCCGCAUCUCCAGUGGCCGACGCAUCAGCCGCAAAUAGGCGAAGGUCCCUUUCCCUGUGCUUGACAAGCGUGUGCGUCUUCCAUCCAUCUGACAUGACAAUGGGGAGGUGGAAGGUGGCGCCCAUAGCCGCUCGCAGGCACUUUUGGCUCCAUGGGUCGGCUGUAUUGGGCAGGCACUCGAUCCAAUCGAUGUUGAAGGCCCUGCAACAAGACAGCGCAUGGCAAUGCCACCCUUAUGUGCACACACAGGGCAGGGCAGUGUCUGUUCUCACCUUGCGCUGCGAAUGAGAGUGCCGACGUUGCCUGGGUCGCGAAGGCCAUCCAGCACCAAGACCAAGCGUGGCUGCGCAGGCAGUCUCCAUCGAGGCCGCUGGACGGCCGCCACGAGCAUCGGAGGCGUCUUGACAUCGCUCAACAGACGCAUCAACGAGCUGUCCACCCUGACACAAGCGAACAAACGCGCGUAGACGCAUGGGUGCAAUGCAUCGACCAUUGUUGUGCGCACGUUUGUACGAGCGUACCUGAUCACUUUGCCUGAGUCCAGCCGCCCAAGGAGGUCCCUCACCCGCCUUCCCGCACCGCCUUCCAGCGCACGGUCCGCGAAAGCAAUGGACUCCACUACAGGCUCCUGCAAGAGGCAGGGAUGGGACGAGCCGACGUUGAUGGUGUCCUCUAGAAUGCGAAUGCCCUCCAGCAACACCAAGCCGCUCUCCUCUCGAGCACUCUUGUCGCGAAGUGCCCGAAGUCGCUUGAGGGAUGGGUGCCGAGAUGACGUGAUGGGCGGGAGAGCAAGGGGUUCGAAGAGCAGCAGCAGGGGCAGGCAUAGGUGCAUAGGGCGGGAGAUAAAUGCCGGACGGGCGGACGGGCAAAGGAAAUGGAGGGAUACGCAGGCAGGUAGUGGGUGGUCAGAUCACU